GAUUUUACAGUGUGGUAGAUACAGUAUGUCUUUAGUGAAAAGGUAAAAUAUUCACUACAACUGUAACCGACAAAUAUCAUAGUAAUCCAAUAACAACCCCUGUGUAAAUGUGAGAAAUUGGCGAGGACAAUCACGUGGUAGGAAUGAUCCAAUAAGACGCACGCUCCAUGGCACCAGGCAGCAAUCCCCGCUAAUCAUGACAGACUGUUAUUGUGAACAGGACACAGACAGUGUUCACGUGAUACGACGCAAUUAGAGAAACACAAAUCACUCACUUUCGAGAUAACGCGAAGUAUAACGAAAAUGAAGACAGGAGUAUUCAUACUUGCCCUGGUGGCAGGUACCGCCUUAGCUGCCCCUAAGCUUCUGCAUGCGAAACCAAAGGGUCAGCCUGAGACUAGGAUUCCUAGAUUUAACGUCGUGAUGUUCCACUCAAUGAACAAGGACUGUUCAUUCGACGUGACCUUUGAACGAGCCGACCGAACUUACACCCCGAAAUUAAAUCUGCAAUACAGGUUUUAUGACAGCCUUGGUAACACACUAUACAGAGGCGAUAUAGCGAUUGAAAAACGCGUCAUUUCUGAAACACUAAAGCUGACACCAUUACCUGGUUUCAAGGCACCCUAUUUUGUAGCAGGAAAAGUGUAUGUGGAUAAUGAUAGCGAGAAUGAUGGGGUCAUUAGAACCCACGAAAUGGAUGAUGGUCAAUGCCUCAAGAAGAAGAAAAGAAAAGAAGAGAAACGAAGUAAUGCAUAAUAGAAUAUUGGCUAUUAGGAUUGUACGUGGCAUACAUAUCCUUUCGCUUUUUAUUUAUUUAAUCCGCAUUUGGAUUAGCACACGCAUUAAAUAGAUAAUACGACCUAUUGCAUGAAUCAGUAGUUUCCACAUUUACAAUUAUUCUGCUGUGUAAUUUUAAACAAAUUAAAUAAAUUAUGAAACUCAUUGGA